GCUCCGGCCACGGCCCCGGCCACGGCGCAGUAAGUUGGCAGGAGCGAGUCCCCUCCGUCGUCGCCUGCCCCGCACCUUUUGAACUUGUUGCUGCGCCCGGCUCGCCUGCGCCUGGCUUUGGAGGUGAACAGGAGGAGGGAGGCGCGCAGGGAGGGGGAAGGGGACCGAGAGCUCGCUCGAGCUUUCUGCAUGCUCCCUCGGCGCCUGGAUUCGGCUGCUCGCGAGCCGCUGGCUCUCCUUUUCCCGUUCCGGGUGCACGGCGACGAGAAAGUCUCUGUGCAACUCAGCCCCGGCGCGCACUUGGCCAGGUAGGUACCGCGGGCGCGGCGCGUUGUGCGCGGAGGCAGAUGCUGCUGCUGCCGCCGCGGCGGCGGGUGCCGCCAGCUCCCGGGCUCAGUAACUGUCACGCCGCACCUGAGCUGAACUUGACGGCGGAGUGAAGGGGCGAUUGGGCGAGCGCUUUGGCAGGCGCCCGGGUGCCCGGAGACGUGCAGGGGGGAAGGCGCUGGAUUCACGCCUCCCGCCGUGCCCACCGCCCAGCGCCUCCAUCGCUGCAAAUACGGCCCCGAGUUGUGGAGGCGGUGACCGGACUCCCCGAGGGACGCGGGGCAGCGGCGGCUGUGACCGCAGCUCGGAAGCUACAACAACAGGUCGCCUCGUCGAGACUGCUUUGGCGGGAAGGGCCACUCGGAAGAGGGGGGUUUGAAAGAGCCCAAAGGGAAGGCGUAGGGGUGCCCUAAUUCGUCCGAAGAAUAUCAGAGUGACUGUCCCUGGUCUUCUCCACCCUGCGAGACCCACACUGGCCCGACACUUUGCAGACUGUCUCAGGGGGGCUAUCAGAGACACCUGUUCCAAGAACGCCUGCCUCUAAAGUCACAGGUGUAGUUAUUUGCCCGAGGGGUGGGCUGAGCCAACUGUUGGAGAAGGUUUGGCCAGGUUCCGGUGGGCUUUGGUGGGAGGACCUUGUGUAUUUAAGCUGUCCGCUCCACCACACCUGUCUCGGAGGGAAACCUGCCCUUCUGCAAACUGGGACUUCGCCAGGAGCCCUAUCUUGGAAUAGAGUGUGCUCCCCGGACCACAUUUCGGGGAACCCGUCUUUAUUGGACGGGAGGACGUGGCGACUUUGGCUGACCCCCAGUAGAGGCCUCCUCGCUCUUCUUGGCCGCCCCUUCGAGGAACCAUGGCGGCGGGCGUAGCGGCGUGGCUGCCCUUUGCCAGGGCGGCAGCCAUCGGGUGGAUGCCUGUGGCCUCGGGGCCCAUGCCAGCUCCCCCGAGGCAGGAGAGGAAAAGGACUCAGGAUGCGCUCAUUGUGCUGAAUGUGAGUGGCACCCGUUUCCAGACAUGGCAGGACACCCUGGAACGUUACCCGGACACUCUGCUGGGCAGUUCCGAGCGAGACUUUUUCUACCACCCGGAGACCCAGCAGUAUUUUUUUGACCGUGACCCUGACAUCUUCCGCCAUAUCCUCAAUUUCUACCGCACCGGGAAGCUCCACUAUCCUCGCCAUGAGUGCAUCUCGGCUUACGAUGAAGAACUGGCCUUCUUUGGCCUCAUCCCAGAGAUCAUCGGCGACUGCUGUUACGAGGAGUACAAGGACCGCAGGCGGGAGAACGCAGAGCGCCUGCAGGACGACGCGGACACCGACAACACUGGGGAGAGCGCGCUGCCCACCAUGACUGCUCGCCAGAGGGUCUGGCGGGCCUUCGAGAACCCCCACACCAGCACCAUGGCCCUGGUGUUCUACUAUGUCACAGGCUUCUUCAUUGCCGUCUCGGUCAUCGCCAACGUGGUGGAAACAGUGCCCUGUGGGUCGAGCCCAGGUCACAUUAAAGAACUGCCCUGCGGGGAGCGCUACGCCGUGGCCUUCUUUUGCCUGGACACGGCCUGCGUCAUGAUCUUCACCGUCGAGUACCUGCUUCGCCUGGCGGCCGCUCCCAGUCGUUACCGUUUUGUGCGCAGCGUCAUGAGCAUCAUCGACGUGGUGGCCAUCCUGCCUUACUACAUCGGGCUGGUGAUGACGGACAAUGAGGAUGUCAGCGGAGCCUUUGUCACGCUCCGGGUCUUCAGGGUCUUCCGGAUCUUUAAGUUUUCCCGCCACUCGCAAGGCCUGCGCAUCCUGGGGUACACCCUGAAGAGUUGCGCCUCCGAACUGGGCUUCUUGCUCUUCUCGCUCACCAUGGCUAUCAUCAUUUUCGCUACAGUGAUGUUCUACGCAGAGAAGGGGUCGUCCGCCAGCAAGUUCACCAGCAUCCCUGCGGCCUUCUGGUAUACCAUCGUCACCAUGACAACCCUAGGGUAUGGUGACAUGGUCCCCAAAACCAUAGCAGGGAAGAUUUUUGGUUCCAUCUGUUCGCUGAGUGGAGUUUUGGUUAUUGCUCUGCCUGUUCCAGUAAUUGUAUCCAACUUCAGUCGGAUCUAUCACCAAAAUCAACGAGCAGACAAACGGAGGGCACAAAAGAAAGCCAGACUGGCCAGGAUCCGGGCAGCCAAAAGCGGAAGUGCAAAUGCUUACAUGCAGAGCAAGCGGAACGGCCUCCUCAGCAAUCAGCUGCAGUCCUCCGAGGAUGAGCAGGCCUUUGUUAGCAAAUCCGGCUCCAGCUUUGAAACCCAGCACCACCACCUGCUUCACUGCCUGGAAAAAACCACGAAUCACGAGUUUGUGGAUGAACAAGUCUUUGAAGAAAGCUGCAUGGAAGUUGCAACUGUUAAUCGUCCUUCAAGCCACAGUCCGUCUCUCUCUUCACAACAAGGAGUCACCAGCACUUGUUGUUCACGGCGACACAAAAAAACUUUCCGCAUUCCAAAUGCCAACGUAUCUGGAAGCCACCGAGGUAGUGUGCAAGAACUCAGUACGAUUCAGAUCAGAUGUGUGGAGAGAACCCCACUAUCUAACAGCCGAUCCAGUUUAAAUGCCAAAAUGGAAGAGUGUGUUAAACUAAACUGUGAACAACCUUAUGUGACUACAGCAAUAAUAAGCAUCCCAACACCUCCAGUAACCACCCCCGAAGGAGAUGACAGGCCAGAAUCCCCUGAGUACUCAGGAGGGAAUAUUGUCAGAGUGUCUGCUUUAUAAGACGAUUGGAAAAUAGUCUAAGAGAAUUUGAGCCUCGGCCUGGAAAGAAUCCCAACGUGGAGGAAAGAAUAAAAAAACAAACUCUUUGCAGAUACAAACAGCAAAGCAAGAAGGUUGGUAGUGAAACAAAAACAAAGCUUCCAAACUUGAGGAUGGAAACACAACCACCCAAUGGCAUUUCGAGACCAAGUGUGAGCUGUUAUGCAGAGAAAGAGUCUGUGGCCCUAGGACUUUCUGUGAGCACCUUGAAAUGCCACCUACUGAUGCUUCUUAUGACCAGAACUCUUUUGUAAUAAAAUUAAUAAAAUAAAUCUUUGGACAUCAUGUUCCAGUUGAAUGCAAAACAAAAAAAAAUUAUGGAAAACAUUUUGAUAAAAAUUUUUCCUGUUAAAACCAUGAACAUUGGCAGUGAUGAAGAUUAGUACAUUUAAAAAACUCAUACAGCACAUUUGUACUGACUGAAGGAAACCAUCCUAAUGCAUGCUAGAAUUCUUUGGAGCAGUGAUCUCAGUUUCCUUAUGUUGUCUUCAGAAUAGGCAUGAUAAACUAUAACUGUAGAAAGGGGGAAUUUCUGUGCACUUACAACAAGCUGAUUGUUCAUGUUCAUGGUGGGCUGUGCAAAUAAACUCCUUUUAGAACCACAGUGUUUUUCAUGGGGAUGCUCAUUAGUAAAUCUAAAGUGUUCGGAUAGUUCAGUAUUAAUUAUCGUUUUAUCUUGCACCUAGAUACUGUUACAACUGCAAUAAUUCAUUGUACACCUGUUGUAUCAGGCAUCAGAACCUUUUGUUGUUGUAUUUUUCAGAUCUUCAUAGAUACAGUAAGAGCCACAUCCAUACACAAGCUUCUGGUGUGGCCAGGUUUUAGAUAACUUUUUAAUCCAAAACUAUUGUGCCAUUAAUGUUUUUCAGUAAUAUCGUUUAGUCUUCUGUAUUUCCGUGCCAGUGCAUUCUUUGUUCCUGUAUUUCUAUAGCUCCUUUCUAUUGGGUUUACCGUCAUCAACUGGACUAGUUUUGUAGUUCAAAUGAAUUUCCUACUUUUGUAUUCCCCAACAAAGUAUCUUAUAAGUAGAUUAUCAUCAUCAAUCCCCUAGUCCAAAAUUUAAAAAAAGGAGUUGACAUCUAUGAUUUAUCUCUAACCUCUUUGCUGUUAUGGAACAGCCCAGAUACUGGAUAUAUCACUACAUGUCAUGAAAAGAGUUGGCUGGGACUAAUAUCAUAGGAUCAAUGAUCCCAGAAUCUCACUUGAUGUAUUAUUUAUUUUUCUUUAGAUCUCAAAUACAUUUUGAGAAUAACUAAUGUGAAUUGAAAUGCAGAGAUAAACUGGAGUGCUCUAUGUAGCAAUAUUUAAUGAAAGCUUGCUUUCUACACUAUGGGGGAAGGCAGCACAAAUUUAUCUCACAAUGGGUCCUGUGAUUACAAGGAGCAGUUUUCUCUACUAAGGAAGACAGGAGUUUGAUGAUGCUAAGUUGAUCUCCAUGUACAUUUAAUUGAAAAGUCUUUAUUAUACCUUUUCACCUUUAAAAUAUAUUAGCAGACAUAUCUGCCUGUGACAGUGUAAUAAAGUUUUAUGUCAAAUGAAAAGUCUUGUUCAUUCCAAACCACCACUAUAAGGAAUCAAGUUAACUUCAGUACGUGGAAAGAGUUAAUAAUUAUCCCUCUACUGUAGAGAUUUUUUAAUGCUUAUCAUAAUUUAUCCUAAAAAGGAAUUAAUCCAACCAUUUUCAAGCAAAGCCAGAAAUUCUUGCUUCCCAUUUCUAGAAUAGCUUCUAGAACAGUGCUGUGCACACAGUAGGUCUUAAUAAACAUUUGCUGAGUGAAAGUAAGAUAAAUUCUACUCUCUCUAGGGAAGAACUGGCUUUAUUCCUAGUGUGUCUUUUAAAAAGUUACUAAUCUUCCUGGAGCGUGAAUAUUAACAAUUAUAUUUUAACACCUGCCUCAUGUCACUUUAUGCUUCUAGAGCAAAUAUAUAGUGAAACAACUUUGAUGGCAUUUGUUGAAAUACUUUUUAAAAAGUAGACUAAGGAAACCACAAUCAGGAAUACUUAGCUCUUUUGAUUCCCAAUGAGAAGUUCUAUUUUCAUGUUCAUAAUAUUACAUUUUUAAAAGGCAGUUAGAUUAUUUCAGUUGACAAUUCAGUCUCCUUUUUGACUUAUCAUUUAUCAAAAACUAUUAAUUUUUUUAGCCUUUUGGAAAAGAAAAAAAUACUUUGGUGUUUAGGUGAUUUAAGAAUAUACUGUGUCGGUGGUGAAUGACUAUUGAUGACUGUGUUAAGUGCAUCUGUAUUGUAAGUGAAAUGUAAUUAUUUCUGUGUACCAUAUGGAGUAAUCAAGGUCAUUGUUUUUGACAAUUUUGUUUGAAAUUCAUAUAUCUUAUUUCAAAGAAUAGCAUAAUAACUGCAUUAUGCUGAAAAAAAAAAAUAGACCUUUGGAAAUACUUAAAUAAAACAUGUGCAUGCUCAAACAGGAC